AUGCACGCAGGCAGACAAACUUCCAAGUUAGAGUUGAUGUCAGCGGUCACUGUGUCCGGCAUGGUCGGUAUAGAUAACGCUCCCCUUUCCUGCACUGGUUCACCUGGGAGCACAUGCGACUGGCAGUGCCUUUUGCCCACCAAUCAAGCGCCUAUCAAGUCCUACAGUGAACCACCAUGA